UUGAGGAAAUAGUGGGAACAGCAAUAGUAAAAGUAGUUUUUGAAUUUUCCAAAGGCAAUAUUGCGGGUUGUCAAGUGACUGAGGGAAAAAUUAGCCGUAAUAAACGGGUUUAUGUGUUGCGUGGUAAAGAAGCCCAGAAAAUUUUCACCGGUGAAAUUAAAAGUUUAGAGAGCAAUAAAGUAGAAAAAAACGAAAUCAGCAGUGGUCAGGAGUGCGGAAUUGUCCUCAAAGGAUUUGAUAAUUUUAAAGAAGGAGAUAAAAUUGUGGCUUUUUGA